GUUGUUGUCGAGUUGGCUGAGUAUAGUUUACAUCUGUCGUUGAGACGACGAUAAUCAGGGUACACCUUAACUUACAAUCCUUCCGUAAAUUAGCAAGGCAUGAAAAUCUCUCAUGUCAAAUGUGGAAAUUAUACUGGAACUUUCAUGUUAAUAUGGACAGAGACUAUUAAACCUUUUUAUGUUCACAAAGCUAUUUUGAUUCAUCUGCAACCUAGUGAGUUUAGUCAGAAUUUUCUAAUCACCUGGAACCGAAACAAUGAAUCUAACUUUUAAUGCAUAUGAUUUGAAGCACUGUGGGAAAAUGAUGAUGGCACUCAAUAAACAAAGAGAAAGCAAAGAGCAUUGUGAUUUCGCAAUUAUGGUUGGUGAUAGAAAAAUACCAGCACACAGGAAUGUUCUGUCAGCAGGAUCAGAUUACUUUCGGGCAAUGUUGUCUCAUGAAAAUAUUGAAAGUAGAAAUGGAAUUGUGGCAAUGCAACAAGUUCAAUACUCAAGUGUAAAAACUUGCAUCGAAUAUAUUUAUACCGGUAAUCUUCUCACUCAUUAUGGCGAAGAUUGUGAGCAACUAUUAUACACCGCUUCUAUGAUGCAAAUAAAAGGCUUGUGCGACAAAAUUGCCAUUUCGCUUUUAAAGAAACUGAGUCCAGGAUCGUUCUAUUCAACAAAGAUGAUCGCAAACACUUUCAACUGCGUCGGUUUAGUUGAAAGUUGCAACAAAUAUGCUCUGAGGAAUUUCCAAUCAAUCGCUGCUGAAGAAAAUUUCAAACGUUUGGAUGAAGAUUUUGUUUCCUUCUUGCUUGGAUCAAAAGAAAUCAAUACUACUGAAGCAGUCAAGUGCAAAGCUUUGGUUAUUUGGACCAACCAUGAUGUAGAGACUCGAACAUCAACAUUUCUAAAAUUAUUUGAAAAACUGGAUUUGGCAAAGAUAUCAAAGAAAUAUCAAAAGUUUUUGGUGGAGAAAGAGCCUCUGGUCUUUGAUUCUGCACGUUAUCACGCAGCACUGAUGAAUAUUCCAACCGAUGGAUCACGUAUUGUAGCUGAAGAUAUUGACAUCAAAAAUGCUGCCAAGCCGAUCAAUGCAAUUGCUGUUUUUGAUAUAAAAUCAAGAUCAAUUCAUGCAUUUCAUCCAAAGACGAAAACCUGGACCAAACUCCAGAAAAUCAGUGCUGACUUUGUUGACGAAAACUUCACUGCUGUUGUACUUGGCAACACCAUAUAUGUUCUUGUGUUUGAUGGAACCAAUUAUCAACUUAAUUAUACUGAAACCAAUGCUACAUGGAUUAGACUGGCAGAUCGGAGAAUUACGAAGAAACGUCUGGCUGCUGUUGCUUUUGAAGGUUUAAUCUAUGCAUUCGAUGAUUCUGGCAACAACAGUAAAGCAGUUGGAAAAUUUGUUCCAUCUGAUGGAACUUGGUCUCAUGUCACUGAGAAACCAUUGGAAGGAUGGUUUACAUCAGUAGUUGCUGCAGGAUGUUUUAUAUACUGUUUUGGAGGUUACAACCAUGGAUAUCUAUCUAACGCAAUGAAAUUCAAUCCGUCAGAUUCAAAAUGGACGACCCUUCCUUCAAUGACAUAUGCAAGAAAUCGUGCAGCUGUAGUUGAGCUCGAUGGAAAGAUUUAUGUCAUGAGUGGAUACGCCAAUAUAUGCCACAACAUUUUGGAAUGCUUUGACAUGGCUUCUGAAACAUGAACCCCUGUUCCCUGUUUAAACAAUUCAUUCGGAUAUUUUAAAGCAUGUGUUGUUAAAGGAAAGAUAUUUUCUGUUGAAAGAAAUAAGCCCAAGAGCACAAUAGAAGAAUUUGAUCCCACAGGGAACUCCUGGGUAGUUGCUGGAACACUGGGUAUGAAAGACAUCAAAAAAGGAGCAUCCAUUACUCUGAAUGUUCCCUUAUAAACAAGAACUGGAUUUUCAAAACCGUGAACAAAUAAUUUUAUAUGCAAUAAUUUACAGUUAUCUCGAUCUUUGUCAACUUCUACUGAUUUAGGUAUCAAACAUGAUUGAUUAAAACAGCGGAAAGUGUUUUCUUUUGGCGUGAUUUACAAUUGUAAAUAGUAUUUCAUUCAUUUAUUUACUCGAACUAUUCAAUUACGCUCUACGUAUGGUGAGACUUGUAGAUAGAGGCCGGAACUCAUCAUACACUUUAUGUGUCGUUGUGCGACAGUCAAUACCAAUGACUUAUCGAGUUUUUCACCGCCCCGAAUUACUUUGUACAUGUGUAUUUUCUGUAGGAUGAAAAAAUAAACUACUGAUUACUAACACUGCGUGGUAGCCAUUUAUCAGUCUGUAGUUACAUUCCACAUUUGCUACAGUGACCAUCAUUGCCCAAAACCAGUUUCAAUACAAUUUUAUGACCUUUUUUACCAACACCUUUUGAGAAGUUUUAAAAUUAAACAAAUAUCAAAAAUUUUGGUUGCCAGCUGUUCGAGUGCUCCCAGCUUUUUCCAAUGUAGCUGUGUAGCUAACUAUCUUUAAAAAUACGUUGGUAGCUCAAUUUUCUUAAGUUCAAACUGCUUUAAAAUGUUGAAAAAGGCGUCCGUCUAUUGUUUUACAUGAA